AUGUCUUCCAAAUUCAGUUCUGUCCGAUUCAAUCUCUUAGGAGUGUUCUUGUGGGCUCUGUAUUAUCCUCUCGUUCUUUCUGCCGAGUGCAGUGCCUCUGUCUACGGCACUCCAGAUCUUCAGGACUGUAUUCAAGCUCUGAGUUGGAUUCCGUAUGCCCAAAAAAGCCCCUCGGAUCCAGGCUCUCAGCAGAUUCGAGUUUUUGCGGAGCCACAGUAUCUUCGGACUCCGUUUGGUGCUCUAAACAAUGGGUAUCGUCCCCAUGCAAUCGUCCAGCUGCCUAAACCCUGGAAGCAUAAAUCCUGCAACGUCGCUCUUGUAACCCACGGCCUCGCACAAGGAGGAGUUUCCAGAUCUCAAUUCGUUGCAAGCUGGAGAAUGGUCAUCGAUCAAGCUAGGCCACUUAUCGACUGCCUUAACCCGAACAAUCCACAAGGGGGCUACACACCUUUUCAAUUGAGCAUGGGAAGCGUGGCUGCUGAUAUCUACCUCUGUACGCCUGGUUCGCUUUUCAACCAAAUUCAGUUCACAGAUUACGUGAUAGAAGGGAUACCCAUUACGCCUUUUCUCGGCCAAUUUGGAUCUUUGGGUAAUGCUUCCUCGGUGGAUGACCUGAAUAAUGGUUCCGAUUGGAUAGCGCAACAGACGGCCACAGGGUGGUCCACGCUACAUACGAGGACGAUUCGUGCGAGGGUAAAGAUUCUUUGUCUGGAAAUUGCGGAUCCCUUGCUUUUGAUUGGAAGGUGCAUGCGCGAGGGCAUCGUGCUUCUUCCAUUUGAUGGCGAGCAGAGCACGAUUACGCUCAUCUUGCACGAAAUGAAAUCAAGCGAUGACAGCUCUGAAGAGCUUGAUCCAACUCUAGACUAA